GUCGGUCGUCCUGCGCGUGGCGGGAGCUCGCGGAGCCGGCCAGUGGGAGCACGGUGAGGCGGGGCGAGCGGCAGCCGAGGGCGGCCCGAGCCGGCGAGCGGGGCACAGUCCCCUCUUCGGCUUCCGCAGGGCCUGGGAGUAAACACCCUGGUUGUUGGAUGUUCUAUCGGUGUCCUCGGUCGGCGGGACUAAUGGACAGAAACUGUCACGGGAGGAUUUUCAGGCGUCUGUGGGGAGCAGCUUGAGACAGGUCUCCUGUCCCGAGCUGUCCAGUCUCUUGCCUCCGCAGCCGUCGUUAGAGUCUUGCUUUUCCCGACUCCCUGGGAUUUCUCUUUCCCGAGCUGGCCAUGGAUGCUUCGACUCAGCCUCCUACACCCACUUCUCCGAGUUGCAGCCUAACCUCACGGACAAUCCAUAUCGAGUUCCCUCACCAUAGCUCUUCGCUGCUAGAAUCCCUGAAUCGCCACAGGCUGGAGGGGAAGUUCUGUGAUGUGUCCCUCCUGGUUCAGGGCAGGGAAAUUAGGGCUCACAAAGCAGUGCUGGCUGCCGCCUCUCCUUACUUCCAUGACAAGCUGCUUUUGGGGGACGCGCCCCGACUCACCUUACCCAGUGUCAUUGAGGCAGAUGCCUUCGAGGGACUGCUUCAGCUCAUUUAUUCAGGGCGCCUCCGCCUGCCACUGGAUGCUCUCCCUGCCCACCUCCUUGUAGCCAGUGGCCUGCAGAUGUGGCAAGUCGUGAAUCAGUGCUCAGAGAUUCUUCGAGAACUGGAAACGUCAGGCGGUGGAAAUUCAGGCGGCGGAGGAGCCGCCUGCCACACACUGCUUUCCACAACCCCGUCAGGAGGCUGGUGCAUUCGCUCCUCCUCUUUCCAGAACCCAGCGCAGUCCUCCGCUUCCACAGAGAACUCUGCCUUCGCCGAGAGCCUCGUUGGAGGGGAGAAGAGUGAGCUGGAAGAAGUGCUACAGAUUCAGGUGAAGGAGGAGGAGGAAGAGCAGGGGUCGGCAGCCCACCUCUUCCAGACUCAACCUCAGAGACUACCCGAAGAGUUUCCCCCAGCUUGUGGAUCCCACCCCCUGCCUGUGUCUGCUUUCCCCAGCAUGCCUCCAGAGGACCAGAGUUCAACCCUUGAGCUUCCUGCCCCUCCUGUACAGGCUUCCCAUGUCAUAGAGGUUGAUCUGGAACCCCUUAUGUCUGUAGAGAAGACAUCAGAAAGUAGGACUAUGCCUCGAGGAGCGAAGGAGAAGACCAGAGCUCUUUCUGAAGCAGACUCUGAGGGAAAGGGAGAGCUAAGAUACUUGCUGUCCUCAGGAGGAGGAGAAACAUCGGGGUCAGGAGACCCAUCCUGGAAACCAGUGGACCUUCAUGGGAAUGAAAUCAUGUCUGGAGGGCCUGGAGGAUCGGGACAAGCUGUGCACGGGCCUGUGAAGCUGGGAGGGACGCCGCCAGCAGAUGGGAAGUGCUUUGCUUGCUUGUGUGGAAAGCGCUUCGCGGUGAAGCCCAAACGAGACAGGCACAUCAUGCUGACCUUCAGCCUUCGGCCCUUUGGCUGCGGAGUCUGUAAUAAACGCUUCAAGUUGAAGCACCACCUCACAGAGCACAUGAGGACCCACGCCAAAGCUCUGGAUGCCUGUCCCCACUGCGGCCGCCGCUUUCGUGUCCAUGCCUUUUACCUUCGCCACCGGGACUUGUGCAAAGGGCAGGGUUCGGGCACUGCCCACUGGACUUACAAAUGACAGCUAGCGCUCUGUACCGACUUCUAGAAGUAGCCGCUGCUGCUGACGGGCUCUCACCCGUCACCACCUCAGUCCUAGAUUGGGUAGUCCAGGAGGUUAUAUAGCUUGUGGACCCCUUGCUCUUGGGAUGGGCCUCAUCCUGGUGUACUUGGAAGCUCAGGUUUCUCAGUCCAGCUGUUUGUUGAACAGACUGUAGGAAAGUCAUAGUUUUGACCACUCACCCUAAAGGGCCCCUCUUGUAUUGGUGGCCAGUGAGGAAACCAUUGACUUAGGUUGGUGAACGAAGAGUUGGAACAAAAUGACCUAGUAACUUUACUUCCUCUUCACCAGGAGCAGCCUGGAUUGAGUGAUUUAUGUGGAAGAGGUGUGAGAGCAGAGCUGCAGGAGGUGAGUGAGUACGUUGGUGGAAGAAUGGGAUGGUUUCCCAAUACAGCUGGAGAAUGCUGGCUGGACCCAGGCUGCUCCGCUGCUGAGGAACCGCAGGUAAGGCACUUUACCUUUCAGAGGUCUCUGUCAUGCUUUGCUUGAGACCUGUCUUACUGUCUGACCCAGCCUGGCCUCAAACUUGAUCCUCCUUCCCAACCCCUUGAAUACUAGGAUUGCAAGUGUAUACCACCGUACCUGGCUUAUGCCACUUUUUGAAAGGGUUUGGGUUGCGUAAUAUUAAUGUAUUUUCUGACAUCUUGCAUUAUGCAUAGUGCUGGAUGAUACUUUGGUUUAUUCUACAGGUCUUAGAACAGGGCAGUGUGCUAACCUGAUUUCCCUCCCUAGGAAAGGGUCUCAAUGGAUAAGAGCAGUCACUGCCCAAACCUGGCGACCUGACUUCAGAUCCCAGCACCCACAGAACAAAAGCCAGGUAUCGGACUGACAGGAGGUAUCAGUAGGUGCCUUCUAACAAGCUUGAUAACCUGAGUCUGCGGCCCAGAACCCACAUGGUGGAAGGAGAGAACUACUGCAAGUCAUCCACAGACCUUCACACGCAUGCCAUAGCACAUGCUUGCACACACAAACACACAAUUUUAAAAAGAUUUUAAAAAAUGAGAUUUUUGUGGCUAAGCAGGUGAAGUAUAGCUUAGAAUUUUCAAACUCUCAGAUGGACCAUGGUCUUAUGCACUUGGUGAGGAGUGUAUUCCUUGGGAAAGGCAGUAGUGAUGUGUCUUGGAUCAACCACAGGCCUGCCCACCUGCUUGGCGUGCAUUAGAUAGGUGGCUGUAUUCCUUGCUGUCUUGGUUCCGUGGGUUGCAAGCACAGGAAGUUGGCUCUGAAUGGCCUUACUGAGGUGAAUUUAGAAGAACAGGAAGGGCAGCACUGAGGCAUCUGUGGAAGAUCAAGUCCUCUCAUGGAGCCCCGUCCCAGGGCGUAGACCUUGCGACCUUGCGGAGACGACUUGUCCUGGGACAGGUGUGGGUUCCCGCGGGCCCAUGAAAGAAGGGUCAGCCUCUAGCUGCAGCAGGGCUCAGCCUCUGUGGACUGAGAUGCUUUUCCUUACCCACGGCCUUCCUUAUUGUUCUCCAGUUGAAGCCUUAGCAAGUUCAUUUCCAUAUCCUCAAAACAUCCCAGUUAAUCUUCCAAGAGACAAUGGCAAAUGCGAACUCUCAACAAGGGAUACCUUGGUUUUCCUGUGUUUUCCUAACCAAGUUUUGCAUAGGCUUUGCAUCUUUGGGAACCGCUCACUGUGGUUGGCAUAAAGGUGCUGAAGACAAAGGCAGAUUAAGACUACCUGUCGCCUUUCAGGAACCAGCUGCAGCUGUGUGGGAGUGUCCCUACAACAACUUGUUACUGGGUGUGGUUCGUCUUGAACUUGCUCUGUCCCAGAGGCCUCCUGUGCUUGGCCCCUUCCCUCUUCUUCGAGUGCUGAGAUUGUAGAGCCCACUGCCACAGAAGCUCGUUUUGGUGGUUUUGUUUUUUGUUGUUUGGGGGUUUUGUUUGUUUUUGGUGUUGGGAAUCGAAUCUAGAAACUCACAUUAGGAACUGUGUCCUUCACAACUGAGCUCCAAACCCAGCUGACCCUGGUCCUUGUGGCGUGGGACUGAAAAUAAGCUCACGAGAGAAUUGAGGGUGUAAAUUGGUGGUAGAUGCUUGCCUAGCAACUACAAAGGUGGGCUUGACCUGAGGCCCACAAAAUCUUAAUCAAACUCUCAGGUUCAUACCAACACUGUGGCUGGAGCCACCCAUCAGUGUGACUGGGAUCUUCAUCAAUGACUUGCUGAGGGAGAAGAGGGAAGGGUGUGUACAGGACAGCCAGUAUCAGCCAAGGGUCCACUGAAGACAGUCUCUCCUGUAACCCAUCUGGGAAACCUUAAAACCUCAGUGUGCACAGCACUUUCUAGAGUAUUUAAGAAAUGUUGAGCCUGUCCCAUUACCUCCAUUCAACCUGUGGAAAAAAAUUUUUUCAGACAGAGUUUUUCUGUAGCUUUGGAGCUGUUCUCGAACUCACAGAGAUCCACCUGCCUCUGCCUCCUGAGUGCUGCUAUCAAAGGUGUGCGCCACCACCAUCUGGCCUCAGUUGUCAAUUUUAACUCAGGGUCAUUUCUUUAUUUUGAAGUGGGUUCUCUGGCUGUCCUGGAACUUGGUUUGUAGAUCAGCCUGGUUCAGAACCUAAAGAGCUCCUCCUGCCUCUGCCUCCUGAGCACUGGGAUUAAAGGUGUGUACCACCAUGCCUGGCCUUCUUUCAUCUUUGUAAUACUCAAGUAUCCUAGGAGAUUAAAGGUGUAUACCGCCACUGCCUGGCUAUACUACA